AUAAACACCCCAUAUCAUCCUUUGCUUAACAUGUUUCAUUCUUUCAGCAGUGCUUGAAAACCCUUAACUACAAGACAGAGUAAGAGCCUAUCUUUGAAGGGUUUUUAAAGUUACUUAGGAGGAAAAAAAAAAGAAGAAAGAAAAGAGAAAAUGGUAGGUUGGGAAGAUGUUUACAAGGUGGUUGUGGCUAUGGUGCCUCUCUAUGUUGCAUUGAUGUUAGGGUAUGGAUCAGUGAAGUGGUGGCGGAUAUUCACCGCGGAACAGUGUGAUGCUAUAAACCGCCUUGUCUGCUAUUUCACUCUCCCUCUCUUCACUGUGGAAUUCACAACUCAUAUUGAUCCUUUUCAAAUGAAUUAUCGAUUCAUCGGUGCUGAUACCAUAUCCAAGCUUGUUAUUGUGGUGGUUCUAGCUUUUUGGGCAAAGUGUAGUAGCAAAGGGAGCUAUUGCUGGUCCAUCACAAGUUUCUCUUUGUCUACUUUAACUAAUGCUUUGGUUGUAGGGGUGCCUUUGAUGAAAGCCAUGUAUGGCCAAACAGGGGUCGAUCUUGUUGUCCAGUCAUCUGUUGUCCAAGCGAUUAUCUGGUUGACCAUUUUGCUAUUUGUUUUGGAAUUUCGGAGGUCAGGAGUGUCCAUUUCUUCAGCUACAAAAGAUGGUAAUGAACAGGAGAAAGAUGUAGAAGGAAACACAGAUAAUGCUGGGGUACUAAGCACCAGGCCUUCUUUCUGGAAUCUGAUGAAGGUUGUGGGAAUGAAACUGGCUAUGAAUCCCAAUUCAUACGCUUGUGUUAUUGGCCUUGCUUACGCUUGUGUUGCAAACAGGUGGCAUUUUGAGAUGCCAAGCAUAAUGGAGGGAUCAAUAUUGAUAAUGUCAAAGGCUGGAACAGGGACUGCCAUGUUUAGCAUGGGAACCUUCAUGGCUCUUCAAGAAAAAAUAAUAGCCUGUGGCACAAGUUUGACUAUAUUUGGGAUGGUUUUGAGGUUUAUUGCUGGACCAGCGGCCAUGGCCAUUGGGGCCAUUGCAGUGGGUUUGCAUGGUGCUGUUUUACGUGUCGCCAUCAUUCAGGCAGCAUUGCCACAAUCCAUUACCUCCUUCAUCUUCGCCAAGGAAUAUGGAAUGCAUGCAGAAGUACUCAGCACUGCAGUGAUAUUUGGCACCAUCGUAUCGUUACCGGUGCUGGUCGCUUAUUAUGCAAUUUUAGAGUCUGUACAUUAAUCUACCUCGGCCGGCCUCAUUUCAGACUCUUCUUUUUUUUCGAUGAAAGGGGAAGGAGGGAGGGAUGAUCAAUGUCUCUUUUCCAUUUUCUUCAAUUUUCUGGUUUUUGAUACAAUAUUGAAACUCGAAUUAGUUUAUAACUAUAAUUCACUCGGUGGUAGGUAAUGUUGGAAUGCAAAUGAUAUCUUAAAAUCACGUUAUCCCUGGAAAAAUGGGAAACAAAAUAUUAAUGAUAUUAGUAAUGAGGAAGAUAUCUAUAUGUGACUAAUCGAGUUUAAGUCAUUUGCAAAAUCUAUUGUGAAUUUUUUCUGUUUAGCCUUUGUUUUA